AGGCCUAUGCAAAUGCAUUGCGCAAUAAAUUUAGAGAAUAAAAACAUCAGCUGACGAUGUAUAGUAAUGAGCUUGCAUCAUACCGUACGUCGCGAAACUGUUGUUAGAGAGCUGGAUCCGAAUUUCAUCUCGAAGAUGUUGAUGAUUGAGCUGCAGUCUCUUAGUGAUCUAUUAAAAACUAGUUGAUUGAAAAAUUCUGCAGAUCUGACUUCAGGCUACAUGAAUUUAUGUCACUGUAAGCAUGAUCAACCUUGCAUGAAAAACAACCGUCAGUCUCUGAUGAGAUCCAGAUUGCUUCCUGCAUUGGCUGGGAAAGGUCAUAAUUGAGCUGGAAAGUUGUUGUCUGGACAGUGUGUAUUAUUCUGGAGGAUGUCAGCGAGGAUAGAUUGCCAAAGCAACUACAGGACAGUGACCAGCCGUAAGGCGAGCUUAUACCCUGCCAGGGGCACAACUGUAUUGUUUCCUCCAAUUCAAAGAGUGGAUUUAAUAAUUGAUGGAUUCUUGGGUGAUACACAUUCCCCCAAGACCCAAACUUUGAAUUUUUAUAGCUUAUUCUUUUACAGAUGAAUAGAGGAAAAGAAAUGAGGAUAGUGUCUGAAGCUCUCAGUUAUCAGUUAUCAAUUAUCUAUUAAUAAAUAAAACUACUGGUAUGCAUAGCAUGGCUGGCAACAUACUAUGUUCUAUAACGACAAUAAUUGAUAAGUAUUAUCAUAUUUGGUUGAAUAUGUAAGAAAUGAUUCAGGGUAUGUGGUUAAGAUGCUGAAAUGUAAUAUUACUUGGAGAUUUUUCGCUUUAAAUUGAACAAUACACUGUACAUUUCAGAGCCUUUGCGGACCUGAAUGUUUAUUUAUGCAGUGUAUAUUUUUCUAAUAGAUGUUGUGAAUGAAGUAUCUACUUCUUAUUAGAUCAUUAAAAAAUAGCAUAUAUAUUUGUGUGUGAACGAAUACAAGGAUAUUGAAAGGUUGUCUUCCUAUAUCUUGCAAAUUCUCAAGAUCAGUCUCAGCAGUAGGCAAAGAGUGUAUUCUUUCCGAAUACCUGUUUGGGGCAUUCUAUAUUCUACUGGUGAAAUUUGAUAUCGAUCAUAAUGACCGAGCACGAGGAGUCUGGUAAUGGGACAAACUGUCGGGAAAGACAUCACCAUGAUGGCACCACACCUAGGCUUCUGGCGCCUGAUAAUCAGGGGGAUGAAAUGUACUUAGGCGAAAAUGAAGAAGAUGUUGGUAUGAUCUCGUUUAAGAGCUCCAUGAGGGAUGAUCUGGAUCAUGUACCUUGUGGUAAAUUAAGGCAAUUCUGGGCUCUUCACAAAGGGCUACUCCUGGCGCUUCUGUCCUGUUUUGCUCAAGCAUGUGGCUCCAUAGGAGUUAAGAUGCUCGCAGGCAAAAUCCCUCCAACAGAGAUUGCUUCGAUUCGUCUCCUAAGCUACUUUGUCUUUUGUAAUAUAAGCAUGGUUUACUUCAAAAUUUCUCUGAGGGUGACUAAGAAGCAGCUUCCUUGGCUGCUCCUCAGAGUCACCUGCGGAACCACUGCAAUGUGCCUCCUUUUUUAUGCCUACCAGAACAUCCCUAUAGGGGAUACCAGUGCUAUUAUCUUCAGCAGUCCCAUCUUCACAGGAAUCUUUGCCUGGAUACUCCUUGGAGAGAAGUUCACCCUUGUGGAUAUGGCCUUAGCACUGCUAACACUUGUUGGCAUUGUCUUGAUCGCUCGUCCAUCCUUCCUCUUUGGAAACUUUGCAGAGCCCUCUGGAGAUGGAAACACUCUGCUGGGUAUUAUUGCAGCAUUGGUUGGUGCCAUUUUCGCGUCAAUGGUCUUUGUGCUCAUCAGAAAACUUGGAGGAAUCAGCGUGCACCCACUUACCCAGAUCUGGUUCUUUGGUCUGAUAGGUUUUAUCCUGACAACCAUGUUGACUGCAGUUCUAGGAAUCUGGGUUGUUCCCAGAUGCGGCAGGGAUCGCUUUGUCCUCAUCGUUGUUGGUGUCCUAGGCUUUGUUGCACAGAUCCUCAUGACAUAUGCAUUCAAAUUAGAAAAGGCAACUUAUGUGGCAGUCAUGAAGAGUAACAAUGUCAUCCUGUCCUUCUUGUUUGAAUUUGCUAUCUUUGGAACUGUCCCAUUUUGGCUGUCAAUCAUAGGAGCUCUACUGGUCAUGAGUAGCUCUCUUGGUAUUACAGUAAAGAAAUGGAAGGCAUCCAAAUCUAAGAAAGACAAGGAGGAUGAGGACAUUAGGAAUGUAGACCAGGAAUCAGAUAAUGAAGAUGAAAAUUGAUAUCAUGGUUCACUGAUUUUGUUUCAAGUUUUGAAUUAUUUUCUUGUUUACUAUGAAUUUCAAGAUCAUUUAAACCCUGUUCUUGUGACUUAUAAUAGUUGUGGCCUAUUCAUCAAUCACAAAUCAUCAAAUGCUCAUAUUUUAUAUUGGUUGAAGAUAGAAUACAGAGUUUAGACAGGAUCUAGAGCCAUGAGCUGAAUGGGGGAAAAGUCAUGUAAUUGUAAUGGAUUCGAGUAUUCCUUCUAUUUAAUUGACUUGACUUUUGUAUUUGAAUAGAUAGGUGAUAGAUAACAAUCUUAUCAGCGAACAAAUGUGAUUGGCCUGUACGGGACCCGCUUUAUCUCAAGAACCACUUGAGACAUGUUCAUUUCAUUUCAUUUCAUUUAUUUUCCAUUAAAAUUCAAAGUAAAAUACAUAACAAUUUAACAGCAAAAUCGGAAGGACCCCAAGAAAAGCAAAGCUUGUGAGAAUGGGGCCCUGUACAAAAAUAAACAUACAAGCAAAUUAUUAUAACAAAUAUUGUAAAACUUAUCAAAACAAACAUACACUCACCCUCAUUCAUUCACAUGCACACAAACACUCCAACACACACCAAAGGCAGAACAUUGUACAGAAAAAUCUACUCAGUGCACAUCAUUUGUUUAAACAAGAACUGUUUACAUGAAUAUUUAAACUUUGUUAGGGUUGAACUACUUUUUAAAUUAUAAGGUGAGGAAUUCCAAUCAUGUAUACCCUGGAAUCUUAA